GUCAAAACUAAUGGAAAUGUUCAUGUGGGCAUGUACAAAACUUCACUGUGCUUUGGUUUUGUGUGCAACAUUAUUUUUCCGUGACACUACUGUCUCCGGUUUGGCAACAAACAAACAAAGCUUGUGAGUGACCUGAACGUCACGAGUGUUUUAUCUGCCUCACUCCAAUCAGAGCAGCUGGUAUGACCUGGUGUGUCAAGAACUGCAACUUCUCAGUCUGUUGUGCUUUUGUGCGAAGUGGCAGGAAACAGUUCCGCGACCAUUUAAACUGUAUUCGAAUCUCGGAUACCUGCUUGUUUUAUAUUUUCGGUAAUAUCGUGCAAUUUAUCGCUGGCAAUGUCGGAAGUGUGGAAUUAUUUUGAGAAAACGUCGACCGUGAGUGCGAAGUGCAAAAUUUGUGGUGUAGAUGUUCCGCGUCGUGGAAAUACCACCAACCUGAAGGUACAUCUUCAGAAACACCCACAGAAGGAGAAGCAGCAGUUACAAAGCAUUCCCGGGUGUCAGGAGCGGAAUGCAAGUUCAACAAAUGCCGGUACCAGCAAUGCAUCAACGAAUAAACCAACUUCAAUUGAUCGAAUGUUCAAGGUGUCUCAACUUUGGGCGAGUAGGUACUUCAUAUUACUAAGUGCAUACAUUCUAAAUGUUUCUUAACGUUUUCAUAUGUGAGGUUAUAUACUGACUAUUCACAUACAGUUGUGUUACAAGGAACGUUUGGUAAAUUUAAAUCAAUUUUCGUUUUUUAGGCGAUGGACCGAAAACACGUGAAAUAAACGAAGCUAUUGCGUUCAUGAUCGUGAAAGACUACCAACCUUAUUCUAUAGUCGAGGAUGAAGGAUUCGUUAAUCUAUUGAAGGUUCUGGCGCCCAAAUACAAAGUGCCGAAUCGGAAGCUUCUUAUAUAAAUUGUCGACGACAAAUACUUAACAGUGGUCGAAUGCGUUAAAACGAAAAUUAAACAAAAAUAUUUAACGGUGACUGCUGAUUUCUGGACAGAUUCCCACACCACAAGAAGCUACCUCGGGGUGACGGUGGAUCCUGCAAUUGGUACGAACCUGCAGGAAACUGAUUUGGGGGUUUAUAUUCUGAACGAGCGUCAUAGCAGUGCGUAUAUAUCUUCUUGCUUCGAAGACAUUCUCAAGCAUUGGGCAAUUUCUAAAGAGCAAAUCAGUUUAAUUAUCACAGAUCACGCAGCAAACAUGCUCAAGUCUGUCGCUGAUAAAUUCUCCGAUGACAAACACAUUGGUUGUGUAGCUCAUGCAAUAAAUCUCGUCGCUAAGAAGUCGAUUGAAACUACUAAAUCUCUGCCAGAACUUCUUGACAAAAUCAAGAGAAUUGUAGCUUUUUUUCCAACGAUCAACAAUUGCAACUGAUCAAUUGCACAAGUUGCAAAUGGCAGAUGGGACAAGAAAAUCUCCUUUGAGGAUGACUUCAUUCGUACCUACCAGAUGGAAUUCCGAGUUCCACAUGAUUGAGCGUUUCCUUGAACUGUACCAGUAUAUACAGAUCAUUAUGACAGACCAAGACCGUGCGGCAGAAAUGAUCAAAGUUGAAGAAAAGCGGAAUUUGGAAGAUGUUGUUGAGCUGCUUCAACCCUUGCAUGAGGUGACGGAAGAUUUGAGCGGAGAAAGUUACGCAACAGUAAGUCGUGUACUGCCCAUCAUAAACUGCCUGAACAACUGCAUAAGCUCCAUUAAGCCGACAUCACCUAUUGGCAGAAACCUUCAAACAGCCUUGCAGCGCGAAAUCAAAUCUCGCUUUGGUGCAUAUCGGGACUCCCCUGUAUAUGGGCCAAGUAUGUUUUUGGACCCUAGGUUCAAAGAAGUCCAUUUUAAAACUUCCGGCCAGCGCGACAAGGCUACGGAGAUCAUAAUUGACAUGGUUUUACCUGAAGAUACCGGAUCCGACAACGAAGAAUUUUAUGGCGAAGAACAACCACCGAGGAAGAUCCCAGCUCAAAGUGGAGUCUGGAGUUACCACGAAGGCAUGGUGCAGCGUUACAACGACAGAAGGAUCACGACAAAAUCAUCAGGCACGGUGCGAAAGGAAAUUGAGAAAUACUUGAAAUGUGGAAUGGAACCAAUGACAAGUGACGUUUUCCAGUAUUGGGAGGACAAGAAACAUAUGUUUCCAUUUUUAUAUCAAGCGACCAUGAAGCUUUUGCCGCGCAUAGCCACUUCUGUUCCAUCCGAACGUUCAUUUUCAAAGACAGGACGAAUUUUAAAUUAAUCUCGUAGCAGCAUUGAUCCUGAUAGGGUCAAUCGACUUAUUUUUUUGCAUAAUAUCGAUGGGCCGACCUUCAUCAAUGUGAAAUAAACGAUAAAAAGUAAGGAAGAAUACUAAAUAUGUGUUUUUUUUUUAUUAAAUAUCGGAUAUCGGAUCCGAUAUCGAUAAUCAAAAUCCGAUAUCGAAUUGCUAUCGAUAUUGUGCCAAGACGAUAUCGAUAAACACUACCUCGUCACAGCCCUACCUUCAACCACAGAUAACCAUCAUGUCUGUAGCCUACCACGGAUCAUGGGGGCCAACCAGGGAGUCCUGCGUAAGCCUCUUGUAUCCGCAA